UUGAAACACAGUGAUCACAGCGAUGUGCGAGCGGCAUGCGCGUCUUCACCUCUCCAAGUCUCCCAGAGAGGAUUUAACCGCUGUCCGCCGCCAAUAAGAGCCCAGAAGUCCUCGAAGAUGAGUUCCCUGCAAACAUUCCUGUUGUUUGUCCUCCUGCACCAGGUCACAUGCAGGAAAGUGCAGGAAGGCGCCACAGAACUCAUCGAGUGGCGGGACAGCGAUAACGAACGGAAGAUAUCUCCUGCGGGGGCCAGUCCGCGAAUUCUCAACCCCCUGCGCCUGUUUGCGAAGGGUUCCCCCGAGCUCAAGAGCAACCUGAGGGAAAUGACAUACGUCCAGAACAUAGAAGACUUUUGGGACUGGUUAUCUAACCAGACAGAUGUUCAGGCCGCGCAGGCCAGAACUAAACGCAGACCCAUCGUCAAGACCGGAAAGUUCAAAAAGAUGUUCGGCUGGGGGGACUUCCACUCCAACAUCAAGACCGUCAAGCUCAACCUGCUGAUCACGGGGAAGAUCGUGGACCACGGGAACGGCACCUUUAGCGUUUACUUCCGCCACAACUCCACGGGGAUGGGGAACGUGUCGGUGAGCCUGGUGCCCCCUUCCAAGGUGGUGGAGUUCGAGAUCGCCCAGCAGUCCACGCUGGAGACCAAAGACACCAAGUCCUUCAACUGUCGCAUCGAGUACGAGAAGACGGACCGCAACAAGAAGACCGCCCUGUGCGGCUACGACCCGUCCAAGGUGUGCUACCAGGAGCACACGCAGAGCCACGUGUCCUGGCUGUGCUCCAAACCUUUCAAAGUCAUAUGCAUCUACAUAGCCUUUUACAGUGUAGACUAUAAACUGGUCCAGAAGGUAUGUCCUGACUACAACUACCACAGUGACACUCCCUACUCCUCCACAGGGUGA